AUGAUACUGCAUCGCAUAUGGCUAUUACCAAUUCUAACAGUCGUUUUUGGUUUGGGUGCAAUGUUAAGCGGAUAUGUUAUAGAAAUUGUGACACUAAAUCGCUUCCCUGCACUUCUUCCAUGCAAUGGUGAUAAUACAACUUCAAUCCCUGAAUCUGCUGUAUUCGGACAAAUUCUCAACAUGGCUGCAAUUCUAUAUGCUCUCACAAUUUAUGUAGUCCAUCUUCAAAUUGAAGAAUUCUAUGGACAGUGUCUACAGUGGAAUCAGGCGCGGUGGUUCAAAUUUUCAACACUACUGAUGUUUGUGGGAUUUGCUAGCGCAUUUGGGCUAAUGUUGGUCGCAAACUUUCGUCACUCUGAUAUUCUUGCUGUGCAUCUAUUAGGAGCUAUGAUGGCUUUCAUCGGAAUGCUAAUUUAUGGAUGGGGACAUGUUAUUUUUAGGUGAGU